AUGCCACAGUGGUCAAACAAUUUUCGCUUUCAUUCUAGGUAAGUCCACAGUAAAUUCUGGAUUUCAAGGAAUAAUACGCCUACAUCUAAUGUUCGUGUUUCAUUUCUGAGUCGAGCCUAAAAUUAGAAGUAAAUCUUUCAAUUCAAGUGUUUUAUAUUCCGUGUAGCCAUAUUUUUUCUAUCUGUUGUCUGAAAACAAAUGCAUAUGGAGUUUGGUUGGCACGCUUUUUAAAGAAAACUGCAUGUUCUUUUCACUUUAGAGUUCCACCGUUCCGCAAAAGUUUGGUAAUCCCACCGGGCGGUUUUUCAGACGAUCACGGCCGCGAAGUACUUCAGCAUGGACCGCUUAUAUUUGGUCGAGAAAGUAAUGGGAUAGAAGCAGUAUCAGCAGCGGCACAAUUUCCAGUGAAUGCAACUCUCCAAAUGAGACAUGACAACCAUUUGCCCUAUGAUUUGGUGCCGAGAGAAAGUACCGCAACGCUACAAGGGCACACAAUUCAGACAAGUGACCCAAAGCCGAAAAGCGCCGAGCAGUCACGCAAUCGAUGGGUAGAAGGAGAAGUGAAGCUUCUCAUUGCAAUCUAUGGUGAGGAAUAUAAGAAAAGAGAUAAAGGAAGAAACCUGGAUUCCAUGUGGGAGAAAAUAGAAGCCAGAUUAGCGGAAGAGUCUAAAGAAGUUCUCAAUAUACAUUGCCAAAAAAGUCAGCCAAGAAUUGCCGUGAUAAAAUGA